UUGUCAUUGGUUGCUUCAGAGAAAAAAGAGAAGACUUAUGGUUGGCUGGUGGCAGGAGUUUAGUUGUAUUAAUACGACUACCCUCAUAAAUUGUCCGUCUGCAAUUUCUUAUGGCUUUCUCUGCUGCCACCUCUCUUGCUCUCCAAUCCUUCAAGGCUGCAAGGCACCUGUUACCUAAACAUGUCCUCUUUUCUGCGUUUCAAGCGCGUCACCACUGACCCAUCUUGUAUCCUCCCAUUGACCAAUCUGAAAUCGGGGCCAGAGGAAGCAGUACAAAUUACCGAUGGAUUUUGGGACUGAAUUGAAGGGAUGUGUUUGCCGGAUCAACAACUGCGCCAUUGAACUCUUCUCGCUGGAGGAGGAUUUGGAGAUUGAAGACGAAGACUCAUGGGACCUGGUUGGGAGGGACCUCCGGCUGAAGGCCACCUUCUUGUAUAUUGACCUCAGCCGUGUGAUCUCCUCCUGUGAGAGCGAUGAGCGCAAGAAGACGCUCACCGGCCUAGCCAACAAGUUCUUCUACUUCAUGGACGAGUUGGGCAAUGCGGUGAAGGACAGAAGCGCCUCCCUGGUGCAGGUGUGCUACAGCGACACAGCUCAUGUUCUUCGCGAGGUGGUAGCCGCCCUUGGGCCGUCCCAUUAGUCUGCCAUUCGUGCUGAGAAAGCUGUUUGAUCUGGGAGCUGCGCAUUUCUUGGAAGCAAGAAAUUACCCAAAAACCUGUACAAAGGGGAUAGGCCAACAUGAGGGAAACCAGGCCUCCUGGAUGGUUAUGUUAUGUACAUAUCGUUAUGCGGCUGUGGAGUCGAAGCAAACUAAAUGAUUAGUGUCUGGUUUGCCCCA